AUGAAUGGACAACUAUUACUACCCCUCGUGAUGCACGUAUCUGACACUUCACAGUUGUCACAUCACGCUUUUUCAGGUGGAAAAGGCAAGAAAUGGGGAAGAGGGUCAAAGAAAGCUACCAAGAAAGACGCUGCUAAAGAAGGACCUUCAGAGGGUGUGAAACCUCCAUCGAAAAAGCGAAAGGCUCAUGUUGCGUCUACUACUGCACCAAAGAGAAGAAAGCAACCUACUAAAAGGAGAGAAUCUCCUACUCCUUCUCCAUCCCAGAGUAAGGAUGAAAGUUCUAAAUCUGACUCCGAGUCGGAGAUUCGCAUUGAGGAGAAUCAGCCCGUUCGCACUGAAGAUCAAGGGUCAAAUCGUGAGGUAAUUCCACCACUCAAUGAUUCUAUUCCUUUUCCUCCUCCCACACCAAAAACAACCAACUAUACACCAAUUACAAUUUCAUCUUGUGCUCCAUCUGUUUCAUCACAACCACCUACAUCUAUUCCAGUUUCAAUCCAUAUCUUCACAGAAUCCACCAUUCCACCCCAAGCCUCUACUGCACUUGUAAGUUCAGUCAGCGUAUCUGAUACGGGGGCUAACAUUUUAGGUUUUUCAAUCCAUGUUACUCCACCAAUAUCUCCUAUUCACACCGAUGACCCAGGCAUGAUUUUCAGAGUUGAUGAAUAUGAUAUGGGUGGAUUUACUUACAGUCCUUUUCAAAUCAGGAUUGAUAGUGAAAAUGAAGCCUCUACUAUGAAAGGGGAACUCAAGUUUCUUCAUGAGAAGAUCGACCAGCUGAUUCUUGCAUCCAAAGCUUCUUCUUCUGAGGCUUAA